AAGGUUGGGGGUAGAAAAAGAAAGAAGAGUUGAAACACGUAGAAACAGAGUUUCAGAGAAGAAGACACAGAUCCGUUCCGUGCAUCUUCAACAAACUCACACACACAUACACUUUAAUAAAUCGCAAAAUCAAUCUCGAACCUCUCAACACUCUUCUCAAUUCUCUUUCUCCAUCAUCAUCAUCAUCAUCAUAAAAAUCAAAAUCAAAAUCAAAAUCAAAAUCAGAAUCAACACAAUUCACAAUGUCCAUAAACAUGAAAACCCUAACCCAAGCCUUCGCAAAAACCGCAACCCUAAUAGAAAAAACCGUUUCAACAACCGUUCAAGAAGUAACCGGUCCAAAGCCUCUUCAAGACUACGACCUUCUCCACCAGAUCGGUUCCGCCGGUCCCGCUUUAGCCUGGAAGCUUUACUCCGCCAAAUCACGCGAUCCGUCUCGGCAGCAUCAGUAUCCGGUUGUUUGCGUUUGGGUGUUGGAUAAAAAGGCGUUGUCGGAGGCGAGAUUGAAGGCUGGAUUGACCAAGGCGGCUGAGGAUGCUUUUUUGGAUUUGAUUAGGAUGGAUGCUGGGAAGAUGGUUAGGUUGAGACAUCCAGGGAUUGUUCAUGUUGUUCAAGGGUUGGAUGAGAGUAAGAAUGCGAUGGCCAUGGUUACUGAACCGUUGUUUGCUUCCGUUGCGAAUACUCUUGGGAAGCUUGAUAAUGUUCAAAGUGUUCCUAAGGAUCUUAAGGGAAUGGAAAUGGGACUGUUGGAGGUGAAGCAUGGUUUACUUCAGAUUGCGGAGUCAUUGGAUUUUCUCCACAACCAUGCCCAUCUUAUUCAUCGAGCUAUAGCACCCGAGAAUGUUUUUAUCACAUUGAGUGGAGCUUGGAAACUUGGUGGAUUUGGUUUUGCAAUUUCUUCUCAGAACACUGGUGACUCAUCUAAUCUGCAUGCUUUCCAUUAUGCUGAAUAUGAUGUUGAAGACUCUGUUUUGCCACUUCAGCCAUCCAUUAAUUACACUGCUCCUGAGAUGGUGAGGAGCACUGCUUCUUCAGCUGGGUGCUAUUCUGAUAUUUUCAGUUUUGGAUGUCUUGCCUACCAUUUAAUUGCUCGCAAGCCUUUGUUUGACUGCAACAACAAUGUCAAGAUGUACAUGAAUACAUUGACUUACUUAUCCAGUGAUGCUUUCUCAUCUAUUCCAUCGGAUCUGGUUCCUGACUUGCAAAGGAUGCUCUCUUCAAAUGAAUCUUUCAGGCCAAGUGCAAUGGAUUUUACAGGCUCACCAUUUUUUCGGAAUGACACUAGGUUACGUGCUCUGCGUUUCCUGGACCACAUGCUUGAAAGAGAUAACAUGCAGAAGUCAGAGUUCUUAAAAGCAUUGUCAGAUAUGUGGAAAGAUUUUGAUUCCCGUGUAUUGCGAUACAAGGUCCUUCCACCACUUUGUGCAGAACUUAGGAAUGUCGUUAUACAACCGAUGAUUCUACCAAUGGUUUUAACCAUUGCAGAGUCUCAGGACAAGAAUGACUUUGAGCAAUCAACACUUCCAGCCCUUGUUCCUGUCUUAAGCACUGCUUCUGGUGAUACAAUGCUACUGCUUCUGAAGCAUGCCGAGCUAAUAAUAAACAAGACUAGUCAAGACCAUUUAAUUUCACAUGUUCUUCCAAUGAUUGUUCGAGCCUAUGAUGAUAAUGAUUCACGUUUACAAGAAGAGGUGUUGAAAAAGUCGGUAUCCCUUGCCAAACAACUUGAUACCCAGCUGGUGAAACAAGUGAUUUUACCACGUGUUCAUGGACUAGCACUCAAAACAACAGUCGCCGCGGUUAGAGUCAAUGCUUUGCUUUGCCUAGGAGACAUGGUUAACCGACUUGAUAAACAUGCUGUCCUGGAAAUCUUGCAAACUAUUCAGCGUUGUACUGCUGUUGACCGUUCUCCUCCAACCCUUAUGUGUACCCUCGGUGUUGCAAAUUCUAUUUUUAAGCAGUAUGGAGUAGAAUUUGUUGCUGAGCAUGUUCUUCCAUUGCUUAUGCCACUCCUGACUGCUCAACAACUGAAUGUUCAACAGUUUGCCAAAUAUAUGCUCUUUGUCAAGAAUAUCCUCCAGAAGAUAGAAGAGAAGCGAGGAGUUGCUGUGACUGAUUCUGGAAUCCCAGAGGUAAAACUAUCUCCUGCAGUUAACGGCCUUCAGGUGGAAGCUCCAAGGACAGCCAGCAGCACCGUUGCUUCAACAAAAAGCAGCUUCUCUUGGGAUGCCGAUUGGGGUCCCAAAGCAGCGGCCCCCGCCAAUUCUGUCCAUAAUUCUAUUAAUACAUCUAAUAAAUCUGUGUUAGGAAACCCUGUGGGUCAAGUAACAUCCUUACAAAAUAAUUUGCCCUUAUCUGGUGUAUCUAAUCCGCAAACAUCCAAUUCAUGUCCUUCAGUAGAUUUAGAGUGGCCUCCUCGUGCAUCUUCUGGUCUUAACGCACAAUUUGGUGAUACUGAAAGGAAAACAGUUGCAGCUGGAACCUCAUCCACAUCCAAUCUUGAAGAUGAUGAUCCUUUUGCUGAUUGGCCUCCACGCCCUAGUGGCUCAUUAUCCGGUGUAUCUGGAAAUUCCAACAAUGGUAUUUCAGGAAUGGCAUUAAACAAGAUAGGGCAUAAUUCAAUGACAAGCAAUUCAAGCAAUCUUGGUCUCCAGGCCAGCAACAAUUGGUCCGUCAAGUCCCAAAAUUCUGUGGAGUCUAUCGGUUUGAACCCAAGGAAUGCUAGUUCAUCUAUCAGUAACCCGAACAAUGGCUUUGAACCUCAGAGUUCUCUUGGGUUCUUGAAACAAAGUCAGGCUUUUCCGGUAUCAAAUGCUGUUUCAUCAUCAUAUAAUAAUGUUAAAUCAACUGAUCUUGGAUCAAUAUUUUCUUCCAAUAAGAAUGAACAAUUUGCACCUAGACUUGCACCACCCCCUUCAACCACAGUGGGUAGAGGACGGGGAAGAGGUAGAGGAGCGACUUCAUCCAGACAGCACUCUCAUACCAAGUCAAGCUCCGAGCAGCCACCCCUUUUGGAUUUGUUGGGGUAACUUGCUUCUAUUAUUUUUCUUAGAUUGUAUAUUUAUUCAACAUUCCAUGUUGAAUGCUCGGAGAUAUUUGCUGUGAAGGAAGAGAUUGCGGAAAAUCUUGCCACGCAACAUCUGCUGUAAGAGACUUUGUAAAGGUUUUGUUGUAUGUUGCUUAGUCUAUAGUGAUCUUGCAAAAAUUUGGAUUAUUUUUGUUAAUUUUUUGGUCGCCAUAUAUGUCUUGCUUUUAUUCUUAGGGUGUCAGGCAAAUUGUAUUCAGAAAAGUCCUGAUUACUGCAACUGGGUUGAAAAUAAUAAAAAUAGAGAUUAAAUUUCUUAAACAAGAAUGAUUUGGAUUCCAUUAUGUAUAAUUUGGCUGUUGGUCGUAUGAUAGUGUUAGUUCAUAGUUGUAA